AAUCCAACUGUGAAGAGAGAAGAAGAGUCAAAAAAGCCUUUUCAUCCCCAUCCAACCAUGUGUUUUUCCAACUACUGAGUUGGCACCUUCUCUUGACCGCAGGUGGCCUUUGCUUUUGCUCCCGCUGCCAUGAGGUUUGCCAGAGGUGGUUGGCAUUUGGCACUGCUGCUGGCGUCCGUUGGCCUGGUGAGUUCCGGAAACGGAACCGGUCAAGGGAGACGUGGGGGAGGCGAGAGGCGGAGGAAGCUUCACCGCGUGCAGCAAGGCCAGUGCAGCUACACCUUCAUCCUGCCGGAGAUGGAGAGCUGUCAGAGCGGAACCAGCGUGGUUCAGCGGGACUCCCCGCCGGCUGAUGGUGAGUGGCCCGUUCAGAAGCUGCAGCAUCUGGAGUCGGCCAUGGAAAACAACACGCAGUGGCUGCAGAAGUUAGAAAACUACAUCCAUCAAAAGACAGGGAUGGUGCAUUUUCAAGCUGAUGCAGUUCAUAACCAGGCGGCCACUAUGUUGGAGAUUGGCACCAACCUGCUCACCCAGACUGCAGAGCAAACCAGGAAACUCAAUGUGGUUGAAGCCAAGGUUAUGAACCAGACAUCAAGAAUUGCUAUUCAGUUAUUAGAGAAUUCACUAUCAACAAACAAACUGGAGAAGGAACUCUUAACACAGAUUUCAGAAAUCUCCAAACUUCGAGACAAGAACAGUUAUUUGGAGAGUAAAGUCUUAGUCCUGGAGUCGAAGCAGAGGACGGAGCUGGAGGACAUGAGGGAGGAGAAAGAGCGACUGCAGGACCUGGUAAAGAGACAGACAGCAGCCAUUACAGCUCUGGAGAGACAGCUGAGAGUGGCCAGCACCAACAACUCAGUCCUGCAGAGACAACAUCAGCAGCUCAUGAAGUCUGUGCACACACUUAUUGGCAUGGUGUCUUCAGGGACAGGCUUCUCAUCAAAUGAGCAGCGUUUCAGAGACUGUGCCGAGGCCUAUAAAUCCGGUCACAACACCAGCGGAGUCUACCACAUUUACAUCGGAGACACGACCGAGCCAACCAAGGUCUUUUGUGAUAUGGUGACAAGCGGAGGUGGCUGGACGGUGUUCCAGCGCAGGGCCAAUGGAAGUGUGAGCUUCCAGAAAAGCUGGAAAGACUAUAAACUGGGAUUUGGCGAUCCUAGUGGAGAGCACUGGCUGGGUAAUGAAGCUGUUCACCUGAUCACCAGUCAAGCCCAGUACUCCCUCCGAGUGGAACUUAAGGACUGGGAAGCCAAUGGCGCAUAUGCUCUGUAUGACAAAUUCCAGCUGGCCGGGGAAAAACAGCAGUACAGACUUUUGCUAGGGAGCUAUAGUGGAACAGCAGGACAGCAAAGUAGUUUAGCAUCAAACGACACAGGCUUCAGCACCCGGGACGCUGACAACGACAAGUGUGUUUGCAAGUGUGCCCUUUUGAUGACCGGAGGCUGGUGGUUUGAUGCUUGCGGUCUGUCCAAUCUCAAUGGAAUCUACUACACCGUGGGUGACAACUUCCGCAAACUCAAUGGCAUUAGGUGGCAUCACUUCCGAGGACCCAGCUAUUCGCUCCAGUACACUUCCAUGAUGAUCCGUCCAGCUGAUUUCUGAUUUCUGAUUCCGCAAGCUUGUCACACUGACAAUGACAGGACUUGAAAGUGUUCGCUUUGGACAUUAAAGCAACAAGGUGGAGACAAAUAACGAUAUAAUUUAAUGGAUGGACGGUGAUGUUUUUACUGCAAAUCCGAGAGCUGGAGUGGAGAAAAGUGAUCAGACUGAAAAAUCAUUACUAUUCCACAAUUUUCUUUUUUACACAUGCAAACACGCUUCUGCUUCACAUUUACUCUUGUCUGAAUUCAUGUGUGGCUUGUAACCUGAAACACUCGCAGUGAUGGUGACAGAAUGUGGGUCAUCGAUGAGGCAUGAUGUAAUUCCAAAGAAAAACCGUUUGACCUUAAUGAGUCUGGAACUGUACUAGAUGUUCCAGAUGAAUAACCUUAAUUUCAAAGAGGUUGUAUUCUAUUUUGUAAAAGAUAAUAGCUGUUAGCGAGGCAGCUGACUAGUUACACUACCAAUCAAAAACUUGAGCUUGGUAAGAUUUUUGUAUGUUUUUGAAAGAAGUCUCUUAUGGUCACCAAGUCUGCAUUUAUUUGAUCAAA